GUGAAAAUAACCCAUGGCUGUGAGUCUGAAUGGUGAUUGGAGCACAGGUCAAUGCACGUGAUAUACGCGUAGAUUGUUUGAAGUUUGAACGGCAGUUUGUGUAACGAGUUUUUCGGCGUGCAUACCUGGAGUGCGUCGAAAGUUAAAUAACCGUAGUUUUCUGACUGUUAUAAGUGGAUAUAAUUGUGCCGAGUGUGAUAUUUGAGACAGUUACCAUGAUGAAGUCCUCUCGCCCUAAGCCUCCAACCUCUGCGAGGAAACCUACAACUAGGCCAAGAGCUUACAACUUGACAAGUCGGGACCCGGUUCAGGUGUAUUGUCGAUUAAGACCGAUGCAAUAUGAGUCUGAUACAUCUUGCAUGAAGGUGAUAUCCCCCACAACUAUAGUGAUAACAUCGCCAGAGUCAGCUGCGAAUUUCAGGAACGGAAAUUACAAGGAAAUUCAAACUACGUUCAAUCAAGUAUUUGUCCCAGAUGUUGGGCAACGAGAAGUAUUCAAUACUGUGGCUCUUCCACUUAUUGAAAAUCUUGUAAAAGGCAAAAACAGUCUAUUAUUUACCUAUGGAGUCACUGGUAGCGGCAAGACUUACACAAUGACUGGGGAACCUCAGAAUGGGGGAAUAAUGCCACGCUGUUUGGAUGUCAUAUUUAAUAGCAUCGCCAACUUUCAAGCCAAGAAGUUUAUCUUCAAACCCGACAAGCUCAAUGGCUUUGAUGUACAGAGCGAAACAGAUGCUAUGCUUGAUCGGCAGAAUGAGCUCCAUGCUGGCUUUAUGACUCCUCGUCCUGGAAAAUUGGGUCGGAAUCGAAAAGGUGACAGCGAUAGUGACAGCAAUCCAAUGAUUGUGAGGGAAGCGGACGAGUCACAAGUUCUGCCAGUUGAACAUGAUAAUGUUUACGCAGUUUUUGUCACUUACGUUGAAAUAUAUAACAAUAGUGUUUACGAUCUGCUUGAUGACGAGGAUGUUAGGGUCAAAUCUCUGCAGAGUAAAAUCGUACGAGAAGAUGGAAACAAAAAUAUGUAUGUUCAUGCAGUUACUGAGGUUGAAGUUAAAAGUGCUGAAGAAGCAUUUGAGGUAUUUCAACGUGGGCAACGGCGACGCCGGGUUGCUCACACAGCUCUGAACGCAGAAUCUAGUAGAUCACACAGCGUCUUCACAAUUAGAUUAGUACAGGUAAUUAUCGAGCUCAUUCAUUAUUCCUGGACCAUUCUAAUAGCUCAAUCUUUUACCCAGGCACCACUAGACUGUCAAGGUGAACAAGUAAUACAAGAUAAAAGAGUGAUCUGUAUCAGUCAGCUUUCCCUGGUUGAUCUUGCCGGAAGUGAGCGUACAAAUCGAACUAAAAAUACAGGUCAAAGACUGAGAGAAGCGGGAAACAUAAAUAAUUCUCUGAUGACACUUCGUUCAUGCCUGGAAAUAUUGAGAGAAAAUCAAACUCAGGGAACAAAUAAAAUGGUUCCUUACAGAGAUUCUAAGCUCACGCACCUGUUCAAAAAUUAUUUCGAUGGUGAAGGACAAGUCCGAAUGAUAGUCUGUGUUAAUCCCAGAGCAGACGACUACGAUGAGACAAUUCAAGUAAUGAAGUUUGCCGAAAUGACCCAAGAGGUACAAGUCACCCGACCUACAGCCACGAAAUUGGACCUCGGGUUUACACCUGGUCGGAGACAAGCCAACAAGAUAUUCAAAGAAGCUAAAAGUAGACUGGAGAAAGAGAGGCGACUUGAUACUGGUGAUCUAGAAGUUGAUCUAGGACUAGUGUACAGCUUGGGAGGUCCGUUCCCAGAAUUGGAAAUAAAUAGUCCACUCAAUGAUCAGAUAAUCACUACUCUCAUGCAAUUCUUGGAGCAGCGCAUCAACAAAAGAAAUAUCUUACGAUCAGAUCUAGAACAAAAACAAACGGACUUCAGAAAAAUGCUACUAACGUUGGAGCAGGAAAAUAUGACUCUAAAAGUUGAAAAUGCUUCUGCCAGAGCUUUCAAUGAGCAGGAGAAAAAGAAGGUUUCAGCUCUAGAAGGUCAUAUUUGUAAAACAGAGGCACAGAUAGACAGUUUACUCCGUAAAUUGAACAGUGCCAAUGACACAAUACGAACGUUGCAGCAAGAACUAAAAGACAGAGACAUGGUACUAAACCAACGAAUAAUAGAUAAGCAAAGAGUAAAGCAAAAAUACAACAGCAAAAUGCAGGCGGAAACUGAGAAAAUGUCUCGAGAAUUGGAUAUAAAACUGCGACAACAGCGGCAACAUUUACAGAAUCAAAUGAAAGAAAAAGAGGACAAACUGCGCCUUGUAAAGCAAAUUUUGGUAGAUGAAACAAGUGGUACUUCGCUAGGAAUUCCUGUUAAAGAUGCCGUACCGCAGACUCCUAGUGAUGCUGGUGAAGCUGCAACAGCAAGAUCUGGAAAUACUCACGUAUCUCGAAAGGAUAAAGUGCCAGUGGCAAAUCUUAGACACAGACGAUCACAGAGCGCUGACAGAUGGGUUGACCAUAGACCUGGAGCUUUAGUUCCUGUUGGCACUGUUCUUCAGCCUUUGAUGAAUCGUCGUCGCAGUAUUACUCGGCUAACUGAUCCAAAAGCCAUCACUGAAGGAGCAUCCCGAUAUUGUCUUGUAGCCCAAGAACAUGAUACCGAUGGAGAGCUAGAAACUAAACUAUACAAGGGUGACAUUGUUCCAACGAGCGGUGGUGGUGCUCAAGUAGUAUUCAACGACGUUGAGUGUUUGAAGCAGAUGUCUCCUACAGCAAGGAGAAAGCGUAGCGGAGCACCAAAUUCCCAAGUUAAUGGGCACACAGAUUCUUCCGAACAUUGUUCUACAGCCGUAGAAGCUCACACAAAAAGGCCUCGAAUGUAGAAUGUUGUUAUCUUGUCUCUCUCCUAUUAUUAAUCCAUUAACAUAUAUGAAGACUAUUCUGUUAAUUUAACUGCAAAAUUAUGACAUUCCAGAAGUCAUCUCGCAUAACAAACUCGCACACCCAGACAACCCACUCUUUGACCUCUACUUAUUUUAAUUCUUUUUAUAAUCAUAACAUUGAAAUUUAAGUUAGUAGUUUGAUUUUUUCACUUAGUUUGUUCUGUACUUCUUGAAUCGUCAUUUGCAAAUUUAUGUUACUGGUACGAAUCAGUAGCUGUUAGUAGAAAAUAGAAAUAGUAUAGUUUUAAGCUGCUAUUCAAUAAUGGCUCAAGAAAAAAAAAAAAUUAACACGAAAUUGACUUUUAUUUUAGUUGUAUUCGCAUACUAAUUAUCGAGUUAGUAGUAUCAUUUCAUUUUCCAAUACGUUUAGAAUAAUUUUAUAAAGCUAUGAAGAAUUUAAGUUCAACAUAAUGAGAUUGAUACAUUUGGAUGGAAGUUUUGUCACACAUGGCAACAGAAGUGUGUUCAUUCUAUACUUCAACUGAUGUAGUAUUACCUAUUAAUAAAUGCAACUUUAAACACUUUUUGUAGAACGUUUCAGCUCCUUCAUUUUAAUUACGACUUGCACAUCAUACCAGUAUCUUAUUGUAAAUUAAAUACUAGUUAUAAAGUUGAAGCAGUUUUAUAGAACCACUGCACGAACAGAAAUCGUUUCAGAUUAAGUUGAUAUAUUUGAGUUUUAUUCUAGGAUCUUUAGGAAAUUAUGAUUUAUCGAUACAAGUAAAUAUUUUCGCGGACUCAAAAUAAAUAAAUUAAUCUCUGAGUAUAUUAAAAGUCUUACAUAGUUUUCUUCCAUUUUUUUCAGUGAUUCAAGACACUAAAUGCGCCUUUGACAUUCUUAAUACCAAUGUACCAUCAAAUCGUUUUCUAUAAUUUAUCAUCAACCAGUGACGCUCUAAAAUUGUUUUUCAUUGAAUUUAUGCAUGGUUUGAAAAUGGCAAGGACAAUCUCUACUCCGCUAGUUGCAUUGAUUGAGCACUCUCUUUACAAACCAGAGUAACAUAGUAACUAUAUUUAACAACACGUUUUACGAGGUACUAAAUAAAUACUAAUUCUUGAUAAAAAUUUUUGCCAUAAAUUCGACUAAUGAAGUGUACGGUGAAUUGCAUCCGUAUUUAUGAGAAAAGCUAAUUGUCGCAUUCAAUUACGAUAAUAAAAAAUGUUUUUUUUUUCAUAAUAUACAUAGAUUUUUGGUGCACGAUUUUAACUGACAAGAAUUUGAAUAAAUAGCUUUUUCAUACACAUAUAAAUUGGUAAAACAUGGUUUAAGUUAGAUUUAUUACAUCCAGAAAAAAGAAUACCUGUGAAGAAUAUUGGUGAAAAGCUUAAGGUUAUGAAUGACGUCCUAACAAUAAAACGUCAAUUCACAUCCAUUCUGCCUGUUCUCAAGUGGAAAUUUAUAAAUUCAUGUAUCAAGUAUGGAUUUUGUAAAAAUGCUGCACUUGGCUCUGUCUUUCGUUUUUCUUGCAUCCGAUACAUUUUACAAAUGCAAAGAUAAUAUACA